UGCCGACUUCGUUCUGUACAGACUGUUACAUACAGUCACCUCUCACUUUCACACAAAAAAUAGCUUUUUACAUUCCCUACUUCUAAUAAUCUAAAGCUAUAUUGUAAGAAAACUCUUAUUCUGCGUCCAGGCAUGGCAAUGAGAGGAUUGUUGGUGUGCGUCCUCAUGGCAGCGCUGGUGAGGGUUAGUUUGACAUCACCUGUAUCCAAGUUGGAUGGCAACAGCAAACAGGGUGGGAUACUGCCACAGCUACUGGCCAGGAGGGAGGCGGUGAGGAAUGCUGCGGAGAACAUGGUUAGGACGGCGCAAGACACUCAAACGAGCAUGGCACGGAUGGAGAGGAUGGCGCACUUGUCGGAGGACCAGCGCGAGUUCAUGUCCAAGCAAAUCAUGCAGGCCAUCUCAGGUUUGUAUUGUUCGCAGAGAUGAACGAGUGUCCGGACCGGGACUACCAAGGAUGGGUAGACUUUGGACGGCGGAGUGCAGAGUAGAGAUGUAUCACUCGCCAAAUGAGGAACGUCUGCCUGCACUGGUGUUACUCAGGAAGCCAUCCCUACUUGAAAUUUUCAUUGGCUUAUGUCAUGAGUUUUGAUUUUUAUCCAAGUGUCAAAAUAAACAUGUUUGCAGUA